AUGGAAGACCGUGUCGGCGGGGAGACGGGCUCUUCCGGGGCAGCGCACGUGCCUCCGGAGGAAAUUGGAGAAAAGGACGUCGACGCAGGAGAUGCCAGCGCAGCGAGAGAGCGACAAAUGGAAUUGGAAGCGGGAGCGAAAAGCGAGGAAAAAGAAAGACAGAGCGAAGACGCAGGCGACAGGCUCCACGAGUCUGUAGUUCGAUCUGAGGGAGACAGAAAUGGACGGGACGAGCCCGAAGACGGGACAACAGAGACAGAAGGAAAGGGAGAGACAGGCGCGAACGAAGGCGAAGACGGGGCCACCGAGGAAGAACAGACUGUCCCUCGAUUUCGUCUCAGAGUCCGAUGUGCACCCUUCAAUCCAGUCGUCGAAAUCGCGUCCAAUAAAACGUUUCAGGACUUGCUAAAAGCCGUGGCGCAAGUGACCGAGCUCCCGUACCUGGAGGACGCGGAAAAGUUCAGCUUGCUAGCUGGCUUUCCGCCCAAGAGACUGGAGGCCGCGCGAGACGCCCGACUCUCUUCCUUUCUUCAAGACGGAGAAGUGCUCACUCCAGAGAGAAGAAGAAGCUCACAAGAUGCAGCCAUCGUUUGCUCUACCACGUCUCCCCUCAGUCGACGCGAAGGCCGAGGAGCGGCGCAGCGGACACCCAGCAGACGCACAGUGUCACAAGACGCCAACAUUCAUACUCUCUCUUCCAGUGGGAGAAGAGAGCCAGCUCUGAGUUCGCCUGGGGCUGACAGCCAUCGGCGAAGCGGGCGAGAAGGAGGAAGAAAAGGCCGCGCACCUGCUCUCGGCAGCAGCGAGGAGGAAGUGGCCGAGAACCUCGUUCGGCUUUUUCAUGUGAUCUCCCAUUUUGGAUUCUUCCUCUUCACUCUCUUUCUUCCGCUCCUCAUUGUUGCGUUGUUCCCGCCUUUGAACCUCCUCCCGCGUUUGCUUGCUCGAAUCCGCUGUUCUCGCCACGUUAAAAAUGCAGGCGAGACGACCGCGGACGAGCGAUGGGGCGCUGUCCAGGGCGGAAGAUUCGAAAUCAAGGAAGGCCAUCCCCAACCCGGAAAGUUCACGGUCUCCUUCUUCGCGCCUGUCGCGGGGAGGGUGGACACCCAGAGAACAGAAGAAUAUACAGCGCUUCCAAAGACCCUCGUCCUUCUCGUCCUCUCGCAAGUUUGGAAGAGCGCAGAAGACGUUGACCGGCACAACCUCCGGCCGUACUACAUGGCGCAUGCGCAACCGAUGAUGUUUUGGAACAUCGUUCGGCACUUCCAAGGGGAUUUUGGGGCGUGUUUUCGGCAAGGUCUUCCUGCAGCGGCCGUCGACGAGCUUCUGGAGAGGAAGCGCGAACUGUCAGUGAAGGCGAAGGAGAACAAGCGACAAGCCGAAGAAGCAGCCUUGGUGCGGGAAGAGAAGCGCUUGAUGCGAGCGCAGCAGAAACUCGCCCGCGCGGCGCGCCCCAAAGCGACGGCCCAGCGUGAAGACGUCCCCGGAGUCACCCCACAGUCGGAGACUGUCUCUUCGUUGGCAGCCGAAGAGUCUGCUUGGGGGGGCGAGGGGAAGGAGACAGGUGCACAGGAACGAGGACAGGAGGCCCAAGAGGAAGGCACCGGCGAUGAGAGGGGCGCGAGAGCAGAGACCAGCGGAAGGAACGCGGGAUCGGAGGAGAGGAGAGACGAACUACGAGUUGCAAUCAUUCCAGUGGCAGACGGCUCAGAAGGAGAGGCCGAGCGAGGGGCGGGGAAGCCGCCCGGCGGUCCCCUUCCGCCCGAAGGAAGGCCGGGAGACAGAGACGGCGGAGAAAAGGACGGAAACGACGCAAAGAAGAACCCUCAAAAGAACGGCGAGAAGACGGAAGGGAGGGGGGGACCAGCAUCUGAGGAAAGCGUGCAGAGAGGCGACGAAAACAGCGCAAUCGAGCAGGCCGAGGGCGAUGGCGCGAGAAAGCAGAGGGCGAGUGCCGGAGAGCAGAGGAAGCGCCGCAGAGCCGUAGAAGCGGAAGGAGACGGGGCGAAUGAAGCGGCGCAGGAGUCAGAGGAAAGGCAUCGAAGACCGCGAAUCGACGAACAGGAAAACGCGGUUUGCUGUGGCGUCACGACAGCGUCCAGUGCUCCUUGUUUGGCGGAGGAAGCGAGCAACGAAGGGGGUGUUGAAUCGGCAGUCGCACAGAACGCAGCUCUUACAGCCGCGUCUAGCCGUUUGGAAGGAGAGCCGUCGUCCGACUGUCCACGUCCUGCGCUCUCGUCGGCAGCUUCGCCGUCGCGUACUUCUUUUGGACGCGAGAAGGGAGACAGCGAGGAGAUAAGCACCAUGCAGCGACCGGGAGAUGUUUCCGCCAAACCGGAAGAAGAGCGAUCGACGGGAGACGCCGCGACGGGGCGGCGGCGGAGACGCGGAGCGAAUGGAGACGGGACGAAGAGCGAAGCGGUUCCGCCCCUGCCUGAAAUCCUCGUUUCUUGGGUGGGGAAGGAAGAGGAAGAAGAUGAAGACUACGAGGCAGUCAGUGAAGAGGAAGAAGACACGGAGAGAAGACGAAGCACGCGGCGGGUAAAUGCGAAUGCGGGAAACAGGAGAAGGCGAGGGAAUGUAACCGGCAAGGGGAAGAAGGGCGAAACGGAGGGUGCAUGCAGCCACGAAUCCCGCGCGGAUCGAUCUUCGCCGACACAGGCGGAUUCGCGUGCUCCGUCGUCUUCUCUUUCUUCUCUUCCGUCGGUCUCACGAGAAGUUGAUACGAAGAAGCGAGCGAGGCAUUCUCGAGGAAGACGGCGGGGCGGAGCGGCUGUGCCCCGAGAAGAGAAACUUCGCGAAGAACAGCAACAGACCGUGGAAGAACGGCGGCGCAAUCUGGCUGCUGCCGCAGAAGCACGCGCGGCCAGGCAAGCUCUCUCUCCUUCCAGUGGAUGA